AAAAGCUUGGCAGUGGAUGCAAUCUCUACAGACCUUUAUGAGGAAGUGAACGCUGCUGUGAGCAUCAAAUACUUGCCUCCCUGUCCAGAGGACACGGUGCCUAACUGAAGCAUGAGAGUCCUCGUCCUGUUUUCUUGCCUGUCAGUGGGCUGCCUCUCUCAGAGACCACAACAAUGCGAAUCCCCACCGCUGCUGACCGGACACUUGUCUGUCUCCACCCAAAACGAGCAGCUGAUGGUCUUCGCCAAGUACAGCUACGAUGCACUGGGAGAGCGCAUCCGCCUCAGAGAUUUUGGGACUUACAAAAACAAGACCUUCCACCGUGAUGUACUUCUACUCUACAGACAGGGUGUUAUGUACGAGAUUAACUACAAGGCCCGCUCGUGCUGCAAGAAGCCACUGAAUGACGACUUCCACCCGCUGGCAGUCCCUACAAACUCUUCCCUGCUGGGACAGGUAGUGUUGGGCAGCUCCUCUGGCCCAGGUCAGGGGGUCCUGGUCAACACCUGGGGAGGGGAGCUGCAGUCAAAGGAGGGAAAAGCAGAGUACAUGAGCACCGUCACUGAGUUUGGAUGUAUUCCAGUCACCACUCUGGUACACAGCAGCAGUGGCUGGGUAGUGACCAGCUUUUAUAACAACGUCAUCGGACUCGUAGACCCUGAGGAUCUCAUCCCUCCAUCUUUCUGCAAGGGCGCAUGUCUGGAGAGACAGGAGCCAGUAACCUUCUUCAGCCUGUUUUAAAAACACACGGCUAUAUUUCAGAAAUGUAUAUAGUGCAACAUGAUCAUGACCACUGUGCACGAUUCUCUUUGCUCUGCAUUUUACUUUUUAGUCAGUCCUUGGUGUAGUGGCACGUGGGUUCAAUUGAUACAAAUUUUUUUCAAUCAAAUUUAAAUGAGUACGUUUGUCGUAGGUUUGAUAUUUUCUUAUUUGUUUGUGUGUAUUAACAACUGAUUGAGCAAUUACAGCAGAAGUGAGACAUUAUAAUAUUUGCCAGAUACUAAAAUCCCUUUGAGAUAAUUAUUCAUUUAGAUACCAUAAAUAAGUAAUAUUAAAAACACAAGAAUAUUUCUGACAAUGUAUUAACCAGAGUUCAAUGCAAUGGGAAGGCCAAUAGUUUAGCAGGCAUUUAAUCACAAAGCAAAGUAAUGAAUGAAUUAAAAUGUUGACCUGAUGAAUGAGAACCAAUGCCUAGAGCCUUACUGUCUGUCAGCACAUACAUUUGUAUGUUUACGUGGGGCGAAUCAAGAAUGAUUUAACCAACUUGACCAUGUAAUUCACAAUACUGAUUUGUAAUAAUAAAAUGAUUUAGCACUCGU